UGAAAGAGUCCACACGCAGUGGAUUAUCUGACCCUCAACUAGUCCUCUUCCUCCUCUUGCCAUGCAUAUUCCGAGAAACAAACACACCAGCGAUCAAUCUGAAACCCCCACCUCAUCUAUAUACAUACAGGCUUUUCUCUUCUCUACUUUCAUCUAUCAUUUCCAAGCCUCUUUUCCUUGAUCUCAGUUCUUUUGGCACUGUACAAACAUGAAAACCAAGGGAAAAAAGCAAAGCAAGGCCAUGCGGUGCAUUGGAGCUCCACUUAGGGUUCUGGCCAAGGCUGGAGACUUUUACAUGAGAAGCAUGAUGGACUGUAGCGGGGGCGUCGGCUAUGGUGGUCUUGUAGGCUGUCCGGCCCUGCAAGUCUCGCAUUUGCCUAAUAGCUUUAGCGUCAGUUCUUCAAAGCGUAGAGAUGAGGAGUUGAGGUUGAGGGAGCUUAUGGGGAGGGUGUCUAAGAGGAGUGGAGGGAGUAGGGUGGAGAUGGAGAGGCGUAAAGGGGUGGGAAUGAGGAGCUACAGUAUUGGGAUAGGGAGGAUUGGGAGAAUUGAUGAGGAGAAGCCGUGUGAGUUUGUGGAAGAUGAUGAUGGUAAGCUCAAAGCAGAUGUGUUGUAUCCGAGAAGCAGAAGCUGUGCUGUUACAAAGAGAAAUGCUGUGUUUUAUUAGAUUGUCUUUGUAUACAAAACUACAAUGAAUUAGGUGUUUGUUUGUAUGGAAAGUGGAUCAUCUUCAUUAUUCAUCCUGAAUUCCAUAUGUAGUCUACUGUGAGAGAGAUCAUCUUGUAAUAAAAUUGUUGAAUUUCCAAA